CAACAAAGCUAAUUCAAGCUAUAGCAUGGCAUCAAUCGACGUCAUCAUCCAAGCUUUCAUCAUGUAAGAGUCUCGUAUCGUCUAGCUCCAAGAGUUCUUCAACAUGGACAGAAUUUAAGAAUGAUCUUUUUGAUGAUUAUGGAGGAAUGGAUUCAGGAAGUCAUGCGCUUACUCUAGGAAGGUUAUAUGCUUGGGAAAAGAAGCUCUAUGAAGAAGUUAAGGCUGGAGAUAUCACACGGAAACUAUAUGAGAGAAAAUGCUCACGACUUAAGCACCAGGAUAUAGGAGACGAUGACGCCAUGGACAAAACUCGAGCUGCAGUAAAAGAUUUAUAUGCUAGGAUCCUGGUUGCAAUUCGGAGUGCUGAGUCAAUCUCCAAGAGAAUCCAGAUACUGAGAGAUGAAGAACUGCAGCCCCAAAUUGUUGAGUUGUUGAAAGGCUUAAUGCGCACCUGGAAAAUUAUGUUGGAAUGUCAUGAAACCCAAAACAAGAUUCUUUUUGAUGUGAAAUCUUUUACCGGCUCCACGUAUGGAAAGUUCAGCAACAACUCUCACAGGCGAGCAACACUUCAGCUUCAGGUCGAGCUUCAGAAUUGGCAUGAAUGCUUUAAGGAGUAUGUUGCAGCACAAAAAGCAUACGUCGAAACUCUCCAUGGUUGGCUGACCAAGUUCGUGGUCCCUAAAGAGGAAUUCUACUCUAGGAGCAGUUCAGCUGUGCCAUAUGGGGUCAAUGGUCCACCAUUGCUUGUGAUUUGCCGUGAUUGGUUGGUUUCUGUGGAUAAAUUACCGGAUAGGGCAGUCACCAUUGCCUUGAAAAGCUUCGCAAAGGACGUGAGGGCUCUGUCUCUUCAGCAAGGGGAAGAACAGCAACAAAAAAGGAAAGUUGACAGCCUAGCAAAAGAGCUCGACCGGAGAAUUCUAUCAUUCCAGAAGACAGAGAGCAGGCUUCUUGAGCCAAAUCUUACAGAACACAAAUGCGAGUCAGAUAUGGAACGACAGAGUGAGUCCUUGACAGAGAAGAAGGAGCAGCUAGACGUGUUCAGAAGAAAGCUGGAUGUGGAGAGGGAAAAACACCAAAAUUACAUGAAAGAAACUCAAAGGAUCACAUUGAAAGGAUUUCAAACUGGCUUUUGUGCAGUUUUUGAGUCCUUGUCCGAGUUCUCCAAGGCUUCUCAAAAAAUGUACAAUGAACUAGUUACUUGCAGUGAAAAUGCAGAAAAAGUUGGGAACCCAGCGUAUAUAGAAGGCACAAAGCAUGAAGAAAAUAGCAGCAGGUGACAUAUGGGCUUUUGAGAAUUUGGAACUGUGGAUUGUAUUUGUAUAUAUAUUGUGUCAAAGCCGCUCGCUGAGACACAAUUAUUUUAAGUUUUUGGGGGUGGUCUUGUAUUGUAGCAACGAAUUGUUAAAUGUUGCUAUAAUUAGUUGUUAUGAUUGGUAUCUGCAACUCUCGUGGUAGACUUCUUUGUUUCCAAAUGAACAGAACUUUCUCCAUGGUUU